AUGGGUGUUACUGGUCUCUGGGAGCUUCUUCGUCCGGCGGCCAAAACACGAUCUUUGACAGAACUCGCUAUUACAGAAGGCUUCAAAGCCAAUCCAGAUGGCAAACGCGGUUUUCGGAUAGGCAUCGACGCCAGCAUCUGGUUUUUCCAUGCCGAGUAUGGGAGGGAGGGCGAGAACCCGGUGUUGCGCACACUGUUCUUUCGAUGCGCGACACUCAUGCACACGACGUUUCUACCUAUCUUUGUCUUCGAUGGACCGAAGCGGCCGGAUGUGAAGAGGGGGAAAAAGAUCAAUAAGACGGGGCAUAAGCUCAUACCGGGCAUGAAGAAUAUCAUAGAAGCCUUUGGGUUUGAGUGGAGGAUGGCCCCUGGAGAAGCUGAAGCUGAACUUGCUUAUUUGAAUCGAAUUGGGGUGAUUGACGCUGUUCUCUCAGACGAUGUGGACAACUUUUUGUUUGGUGCCACAACAGUGAUUCGAAAUUCAAGCAACACGCUCUCUGGAAAUAAGGCCAAUCCAGCACUCAACUUGGCAGGGAAGGACGACAAAAACCAUACGCGCGUUUUCCGAAGUGAAGACCUCAAAGAUCAUCCGGAAGUGAGGCUUACUCGUGGUGGUAUGAUUCUGAUUGGACUUUUGGCGGGAGGAGACUAUCAUACCGCUGGUGUACCUCGCUGCGGGAAAAUUACCGCCCAUGGACUCGCCAAAUGUGGAUUUGGAGAUUCUCUUUACGACGCAGCCGUUAAUCUCGACCGCGAAGACCUCGACGAAUUCAUCGUGAAUUGGCGUCGAGACCUUAUUCAAGAGAUCAGAACCAAUUCUAUGGGCCAAAUUGGAAAGAAGCAACCCUCAUUGGCGAGCUCUUUUCCUGCGGAUUUUCCAGACAUUGACAUUUUGCUCUCCUAUGUCAAACCUAUCACAUCGGAGAGUAUGGGUAGGGAGAGUAAUAACCUUUCAAUAACGUGGUCGAGAGAGCCCGAUCUCGGGAAACUCGCUGCGACGUGUGAGAUGUAUUUUGAGUGGGGGUACAAAGAAGCCAUCAUUAAACGGUUCAAGACUAUCAUGUGGCAUCCUAUCGUUUUGCGCAUCCUACGUCGAGCGGUCCUCGAUAGACAUGACAAUCGACCAUCUGAAUUCCCCAGUACCCCGCGUAAGAGCGGAACAGCGAUUCCUUGCGGCACACCGUCGAAGAUGAUAGCGCACAAAUUUUCCUCGAUGGCGAUUAACACCGAAAGGACUUAUAUAUCUGGCUCGGAGUCAGAAGAUGAAGAGGAGGAAGGCAGGCUCAUUGUCAAAGUCCACGGCAAGCGAAAGCAUACAUCGACUGAUGGACUCCUUGAAUAUCGCCUGGAAAUAGCACCCAAGCAGCUUGUUCAGCUCGCAGAGAGUGGUGUGAAAGGCCUGCGAUCCCCAGAAGGACCGGAUGAGUGGGCCUCUGAACCCGAGGGAGAUGACGAUGACGAAGAUGGGGCUGCUGUGCCAAAGAAACGGGGGAAAGGUCCUACUGUUCAUCCACAUACGCAUUGGCGGGUAUGGAUGCCAGCUUGCAUGGUCCAGAUAGUGGAACCUGGACUGGUAAAAGAGUUCGAAGAUAUUGAAAAUGGGAAGGCACAAAAGAAAGCCGAGAAGGAGGCGAGAAAGGCCGCAAAGUUGAACGCACCGCCGAAAUCAGCAACAGUGUCAAAAUCACCUAAAAAGGCCAAGAAGAAAUCUGCCGCGAACUCUGGAGGUGAAUGUGAUGAGGAUGUUAUUGCUUUGCCUAAAAAGCCGACCAACCAUAGGAAGGUGGUGAAAAAAUCUACUACGUCCUGUGGUGACCAAGACGGAGAUGACGAAGCUGCACUUUCCAUACCCAAUGUUCCUACGAAGGCUGCAAAGAAAAAUACGAGCAAACCAUCAGUGGAAGAUUUUGAAGAUAUCUUUUCAUCCCCUUUGUCGAAGAAGUCUCAAACUGAUAACACGGGCAAAGGCAAACCUCCGUCUCUGCAAUUUAACUUGUACGACGACAUACCCUUGCCAUCAAGCGACGAUGAGGACGAGCUUCCCACGUAUCUAAUGGCUGGAAAGAAACCGUCGCUCAAGGGCAAAGAGCCUGCCAUGGACUCCAGUGACGACGACGAGAUAGAGAUAGUCGAAUCGAAGGUUAAGCCCCAUGUCGACUCUACAAGAAGGAGGAUUUCCGACAAAGCCAACACAGAUAGGUCCCUGAAGUCAUUUUUCCCUGUUGGGAAAUCCACGGGCGCGAAGAAUUCGAAGUCAGCAGCUAGUUUCUCAGGCAGUUCAUCCAGACCUUCAUCAUCAACGUCUGCCACCACAUAUUCUUCGAAUUUCACAGAUCCAUGCAAAGAGAAUAUCCCAUCAGUUGCUACAAACUCAACUAUUAUCGAUGACGUCCUCAUCAAAUCUAAAGACGGCAAGAAAUCCCGGGGUGGCAAUAAAAAAGCCAGUGCUGACAAAGCAUCCAAGACGAGAAGACCGUUUUCUGUAGACACUGACGAUUCUUCCUGUGGCGAGUACGACACUGCCGCCUGGGGUAAAGGCCGAGCUGUGGACGUGCCUAAUCGCGCUCCUUCAUCACCUUCAAAGAGAAAGUCGUCUAAGAGCUGGAGCUCGCCGUCUGAAUCAGAUUCUCAAGAUAGAGUAAAGAAAUCUCCCCGAAAACAAUUGGCACAUACAUCGCCAAUGCCUGCCCCUCGCCCUGUGUCUCCGUCUCCUGGAAGGGUACGACCCCUAGUACAGCCUUUGUGGAAAAUCAGCGACGAAGUUAUCGAUAUUUGCACAGAUGCAGAAUCGGACCAUGAUCUACCCAGCCGAAUCCGACCUCGAACUGUACAAACUACUCUCAAAUUUCCACUUGCGCCAAAGGCAAAGUUCAAACCAUCCACAGAAUCACUGAAAACAACAUCCUUAUCUUGGAAAGGUUCUCGGACUACUCACCAGAAAGUACAUACCAUCAUUUCCGAUGUUAUUGAUCUCACUUGA